CAGCCACGAGAACUUCUGCAGAACCACUGGCGUCGCUUAUGAAAAACUGAAACAUAUUAUCUUUUAAACCAGCUUCAAAGCAAACCCACCCCCUCGACCGGGGACAACAGGCUGGUGAACACCGAUAAAUAUGGACGGAUUUACGGUGCAAAAAAAAAAAACAAAAACGUCACAGUUAUGUAUUGUCUUUCGGGAGUGACGUGUCUGUUUUAAUGUCUCUGUCUGAAGAGUCAGUCCUCAAAUAAUCUGCUCAUGGACUGAGAACAAAACGAGCUCAAAGUGAGGCGUGAUCAUCACAUACAAGCCCAGACAUUUUUGUUGUUGUUGUGUUAGAGAGUUAAAUUUGAACAGGAACUCGACAACUUCAGUGUCCGCGGCUGUUGGGAGUUUAACCACCUAGACAUGAGUCAGGCAGAGCAGGUGCCUGAGGACGUGCCUGCAUACCUAGAAGAUGAGCCAGUAGCUACAGACAACAACAAGGACCACCCACAGACACAGCCUGGCAUGUUCAGCAGGUUGGCGGGGGGCUUGUACGGUGCCACCAAGGGAGCUCUUGGAGCUACGGUGGGCGGUGUGACCUGGAUAGGAGGAAAGAGUCUGGACCUCACCAAGACCGCUGUCAGUUCUGUAGUCGCUGUGCCUGCCAUGGGAGUGGGGCUGGUUAAAGGAGGAGUGUGUGCCGUAGCCGGAGGCGUGACUUCUGUCGGCUCUGCGGUGGUUAGCAAAGUUCCCAUAGGAGGAUGCAAAAAGAAGGACAAGUCUGACUGACGGAGAGAGGCGGAGAGUGAACGCACACAGCUGAGUUGUGUGAGCUCACACUGUGUUGUAGGAUUCAUGAACAGGAAAAGAUCUAAAGAGGACUCAAAACUUCAGUGUACUGAACUCAGAUACAGUUCAGUGUACACAUUUUGGUGAGGGGUCUGUGCUUCAUUUAUUUCUUUUGUUUGUUUGUUUGUUUGUGUGUUGGUAAACCCACAUUCAUACAAUUAUGUGGCAUGGACCUGCAAACCAAGAAGUAACAAAGACUGUCCGACUGUUAAAGGAAAACACUCCAAACUAUUAUCACCUGUGCCUCAAAUUGUUCAAAAUGUCAAUUUUUCAUGUUUGAUAAUAAGCUACAAUGCUGUUUUCACUGCAAACUGUUGUACUUGUCACAUUAGUUAACUUUAGUGCAGGAGAACAGCUCAGAGUGUAAAUGUGCUUAAAUUUCACUUGCAAGACAAUCAGUGAUCAAUGAUGAUCUAUAACUGGCAUGAUAUAUUUCACACUCCAGUUAAUCACCUUUGUUCACAAAUGAACAAAUAAGUCUGAUCAAAGACGUGAUUUGAAAAGAACAAUCCAGUUUCAUAUCUAAAUCACUUGCUGGCUGUGGGUAUUUGUGGGAAUUAUUGGGACAGUUUCAGUUUUCCUUUGAAUUAUGUUGCCCUCUGGCUUUUAUUUUGUCAGCUCUAUGGAAGGCAACUCGUGGGCUACUGUUUAUACAGAAUCCAAUUCACUAAAAUAAAUAUUGUGACACAAUAUGAAAGUUAGAAGAUUAUGAUUACAGUGAACUUUAUUUCCAGUUACAGUGUUAACUGAUUCACUGUGACUAUACUAGUUGAGUUUGUUGAAUCACAUUUUACGCGUUACACUUCUUUUGACUAACUAUAUGUUUUGUUAGUUACUGUGACAUGUCGGUUAACAUUGUUCUCAGAUCAAAGUCUCUUAACAUGUCUCCUUGGAAAAAUAAAACUGCCAUAGACGCUUGAUGAUGCCAUAAAUUUCUGCUACUGUACCAAAGAAGUUUAGUUCUCAACCCUAACAUUUCUCUAAUGCUCUUCCAUAUUGCUUAGAGUCACUGUUUACUGUUGUAGCAAUUUGAUGGCUGGAUUUUUUGGAUGAUACAGUCUAUAUUUCAAGUGUCAGCUACAUUUUAAGAUGACAAACCUGUGAAAGUACAUUUAAGAAAGAUAAUUAAAAACAAUACCGUUUUUGUAAAUGUAAAAUGUCAAGGCAAGGCUUGAUGGAUGAUUUUGUGGUUGUAUCAGUGUUUUAUCAGCUUGUUCAAAUAAAACAUACGCUGAAGGUU